AUGUCAUCGCUCAAUUUUCAUUCUACCUCCAAUCACAGAUGUGUUAAGAAGAAGUCAGGGCCAGAAUCGGAGCAAGAGGACAACGACAACAGUGACGUGUCAGAAAAUACGUCAACAUGGGAUUGUACAAAGAUUGAAGGAGAGGGUGAAGAAAAAUACCUCUGUUUGAUGACCCCUCAUGCAGAGGUUGUUCGAAAGCUCUAUUUGGUCCUAACAUUCUCUGUAGCUCGCGAAGUGGUAAUUGAUCAUUCCCUUGACGCCAUAGCGCUCACUGGACCGUUACUAUAUGUGACUCCGCAAGGAGAGCGAAAGUUGGGAACCAAAGCAGGUAUUGACAUUGAUAAUGUCUCGUCAAAACUCAAGAAACGCAAACUCAACAAACAUGCUGAAGUUGAAGACGAAUUGCCGGAGAGAAUUGUUACAAUGCUGACAACAGAGAUUUGGGUUUCCCUCCUGAUGCUAGCAUCUCCGUUGGGGCGCAAUAUGAUUACAAGUUGA